AUGCCCAAGCGAGUGACGGUUACUGGAAGUGACGCCGUGUCGCCCAGACGAAGAGUGGAGGCCGGGCGUCGCGUUGGCAGCAACCAGAGGCCAGAGCUCCAAGUCUGCGAGACAGGCAGAGGCAAGGGGAAGCAAGGUCAGGCCGGGGCAGGGGGUCGUCUGUCGUUCCGGCUUCUCCGGCAGGAUGCCCUUGCCUCCAAGCCCCCCGAGCCCGGCGUGGCGCUCAACAAUUUGGUCACUCUUAUCCGACAUCCUUCCGAAUUAAUGAACGUCCCUCUUCAUCAGCAACAAAACAAAUGCACGACGUUAGUGAAAAAUAAAACUGCCACCGCGGCCACGGCCCUGCAGUUCACGUACCCCGUGUUCACGGCCAACGCCUGCUCGGCCAACGCCGGCUCGAACCCGUCACAGGUGCAGAGCUCUAGUAACCCAUGUUCUAUACUCGAAGCUGCCAAGCAUCAGGAUUUUGGAUUGCCUAGAGCAUUUUCUUUCUGUUACCAGCAGGAAGUUGAAUCCACUAAACAGACUUUGGGCGGUAGAAACAAAGCUUUGCCUGAGCAGGUUUGGAUUAAAGUAGGAGAAGAAGCGCUAUGUAAGCAAGCAAUAAAUAAGAGGAAUCGGAGUAGAAUUCGUCAGCUGGACACAAACGUAGAGCGAAGAGCCCUUGGAGAGAUUCAGAACGUGGGUGAAGCUUCCACCGCCGCACAGGGCACUUGGCCACCCGUGGAGUCCUCGCAGGCAAACCUCGGGGAGCAGAGCCAGAGCGGGCCGCAGGGAGGAAGGUCGCAGCGCAGGGAGAGGCAUAACCGCAUGGAAAGAGAUAGAAGGCGCAGAAUCCGCAUUUGUUGCGAUGAAUUGAAUCUUCUAGUCCCGUUCUGCAAUGCCGAGACAGAUAAGGCAACCACGCUCCAGUGGACCACAGCGUUCCUGAAGUACAUUCAGGAGAGACACGGAGAUUCUCUUAAGAAGGAAUUUGAGAGUGUGUUUUGCGGUAAGACUGGCAGAAGGCUCAAGUUGACCAGACCGGACUCCUUGGUGACGCGUCCCGCACAGGAGAGCCUACAGAGCAGCCCAGCCAUGGACGUCAAGUGA